GGCGGGGCGCAGUGAGUACACUCGGGCGCCGGCGUGGCGCAGCUCAGGGUCGCCAUGGCAGAGGUGCAGCAGCUCCGAGUGCAGGAGGCUGUGGACGCCAUGGUGAAAAGUGUAGAGAGAGAGAACAUUCGGAAGAUGCAGGGCCUCAUGUUCCGGUGUAGCGCCAACUGCUGUGAGGACAACCAGGCAUCUAUGCAGCAGGUGCACCAGUGCAUUGAGCGCUGCUAUGUGCCUUUGGCUCAAGCUCAGGCCUUGGUGACCAGUGAGCUGGAAAGGUUCCAGGACCGCCUGGCCCGGUGCACCAUGCACUGCAAUGACAAAGCCAAAGACUCGAUAGACGCAGGAGAUAAGGAGCUGCAGGUGAAGCGAUAGCUGGACAGCUGUGUGGCCAAGUGUGUGGAUGACCACAUGCACCUCAUCCCAACAAUAACCAAAAAGAUGAAGGCAUCUCUGUCAUCCAUCAGGAAAUAAAAUUGUUUGCCAGUGACCGUGGGGCUGAGGGCACGCUAUUUAAAAGGAAGAAUGGAAGUUUAGCAAUGUUUACAAGCAGUGUUGAUGAAUGAGGAAAACUCAGGACACAGCAAGUUCCAGGCAAAUGCCACUCACCCCUGGACACUAGUUCCUUUGCAUCUGGACCUUAGAAGGUAAAGUGGAAAGAAGCUGGUGCUAAAAUUUGCAUCACAGAUAGCACAGGGGAGAAUUCUAGACCUAAAUUGUCGCGGGCCAGUGCUUGUUCUGGCAGGAGAGAUUGCCCUUAUACCGAGGGCUCAGAUUCUCACUACGUAGACAUCGAGCUGGCAGCUUUCUUCAGCCUGCUGGUAAAGUUUGAGAAGUGUGUCUCUCUGCCAAGCUCCUGUUUACCACACACACCUUGCAUGUGCUCUGAAACAACACUCAGUCAGCUAGUCAUUUAGAGGGAGGAAAAGGUUUCCUUCUAGAUCUUUUUGGUUUGUCUUACAUGCAAGGGCACAAAGUGGAUUUAAGAUACAGGAGGGAGAGAAGUUUGAAUAGCUUCUAAAGGUUCCUUGUAAGUUUUGGCCAUCAAGAUGGGAAAGUCUAUUUCUUCAAAUUCUGUCAUUCUGGAAGCCCCUGAAGAAGCAGGGCAGUAUCAUACUGUGCAUGGG